GCUUCUUCCGCGUUAUAUAUAUUCUAAACUCUUAUAUAUAACUCUCAUGUGAAACGCCAAAUCAUCUAAGUCUCCUGCUCGGGCAUCCUCAAUUAUCAUCCUUCAAUAUGAGUUUCGAGGAUCAUGGAAAACAGACCAUUUCAGUCGGACCAUGGGGAGGUGAAAAUGGAUUGCACUGGGAUGAUGGAGUUUAUUCCACCAUAAGGAAACUGGAAAUAGCUCACGGAACAGGAGUUGAUUCGAUUAAGGUUGAGUACGACAAAAAUGGAACCUCAGUAAUCUCCGAGAAGCAUGGUGGUGGUGGAGGUGCUAAAACAGACAAGAUAAUACUUUGCUAUCCAGAUGAGUUUCUAAUUUCUAUGCACGGAUAUUAUGGUAGCUUGUACGAAAGGGGGUCAGUUUUUGUUCGAUCACUUACAUUUGAAAGCAACAAAAGGACGUAUGGACCAUAUGGUGUCGAGCAAGGAACAUAUUUCACUCUACCAAUCUCUAGGGGAAAAAUUGUUGGCUUUCAUGGAAAAUGUGGCUGGUAUCUUGAUGCUAUUGGAGUAUACAUAGAGCCUAUUCACAAGUCUUUACCGACUCAUUCUGUAGUUCAAUCUCAGCAACUCCAUUCUAUCGGUCAUUCCCAUCAAAGCAUUGUCCAAGGGACGGAAACUUAUGAAUACUCAAUGAUACAAGGAAGUUUAGGUAAAAAUUUUGAUCUCAUUGUUGCAGUUAGACACAAGGAGGAUCACAACAAAAUAUUACCUCCAAGCGUACUUUCAAGACAAAGUUCUAGUUCUGAUCACGAUACUAGCACUAUCGAACCAACUAAAAAGGUGGCACCUGUAACCCCUGCCCCUAUCGAAAGAGUCCCAUCGAAAACUGUCAAGGGUGUUGUGACAUAUUGUCCAUGGGGUGGAAGUGGAGGGAAUGUCUUUGAUGAUGGUAUCUAUGAUGGUGUUAGGCAAGUUUACUUGUCACGUAACGUGGGGAUCGUUUCAAUAAGAGCUUGCUACGACAAAAAUGGACAAGCAAUAUGGGGAAGUAAAAAUGGUGGUACUGGAGGUUUCAAAACCGAAAAGAUAAUAUUUGAUUAUCCAUCAGAAAUUUUGACUCACAUUACAGGCUACUAUGGACCAACCAUGAUUAUGGGACCGAAUAUUAUACAUUCGUUAACUUUUCAUACCACGAAACGUAAACAUGGACCUUAUGGAGAAGAACAAGGACAACAAUUCUCAACAAAACUGAUUGACGGGAUGAUUAUUGGUUUUCAUGGGAGGAAAGGGAUGUUUCUUGAUGCACUCGGUGUUCACGUGUUGGAAGGAAUAGUUGCCCCGUGCUUACCUCCAGCUCCAGCCCCCAACGCGGUUAAACCAAACGCAGCAUCUGUCCCAUCCUUACCUUCCUCAUCUCCUCUCAAAUCUAACAAACAAGUUGCACCAAUUGUCCCAUCUUUAGCUCCGCCGAAACCAGCCAAACCAAAAGCAUCAUCUGUCACUGAGGCUGAUGAUAGUACACAAUGGUCAUUUAAACUUGGAAGAAAAGGACUAACUGAUGAGACGAAAAAGGGAAAGAGAACUAUAAUAUGGAACGGAGGAGUUCAAAAGAUUGUGAAAGAUCCAGCACCAUAUGGACCUGGUCCAUGGGGUGGAGAAGGUGGAAAACCAUGGGAUGAUGGAGUUUUCACUGGGAUCAAACAGAUAAUACUAACACAAACAUCAGAGGCCAUUUCUUGUAUCGAAAUCGAGUAUGAACGAAAUGGACAGUCUGUUUGGUCAGUAAAACAUGGUGCAAAGGUUGGUAAAUUCACAAAUAAGGUAAAAUUAGAGUUUCCUCAUGAAGUUUUAACAUGUAUUACUGGAUUUUAUGGUCCUAUAAGUAAGGAUAUGGGAUUGAAAGUGAUAAAAUCAUUAACUUUUCACACAACUAGAAGGAAAUUUGGGCCUUUUGGAGAGGAAUUAGGAACAUAUUUCACAUCAUCAACAACAGAAGGAAAAGUUGUGGGAUUUCAUGGUAGGUGUGGAAUCUAUGUGGAUGCAAUUGGAGUGCAUAUGCAACAUUGGUUAGGCAAUCAAAGAACUUCCAAGAAUCCUCUUAUGAAAAUGUUCCACUAAAGUUUGAUACUUAUUUCAUGUUCUUGAAUAAAGAAAAGUCAAAACUAAAAGUCGUUUCAGUCUCUUUAAAAAUGUGAUCGAAUGUGUAUCAGAUCCUUCAAAACUAUGUAUUUUUGAAGGAUCAGACACAUAUAUGACGAUACUUUAAAGAGUAUGACCAACUUAGAUGGAAAUGUCCUAUGAAACGUCUUAUUAAUUUAACACUUGAGUUGUAUGUUUGUGAGUGAAUAAAUGAAGUAUUUUUGUAAUAA